UGAUACCGUGGGCGCAACUCAUUCAUCCUUUCCCUCUGGCUCUUUGGUGAUAUUGCCUUUGGACUUUGGGCAUAUGUCGCCAAAUUUUGUCUUUAUUAUUACAUUUACAAUAGCCAUAUACUGGAUUCUACGACGCUACAUACUCUUGUAAACGUUGGUUUUGCAAACAACUCAAAACUGCUGGUAAUCGGCCACAACAGCUCUAUCCCUACGUGGCAUAUUUGGCCUAAGGGUCCAUGUUUCAACCAAGAAAUAGCCCUUUUCUCUACAAAAAACAUGGGUGAUUAACAAUUUCAACUGAGGAGCUGCUGUUUUCUUGGUUGGUCUGGAGUAAAAAUGAGUAAUUCUGCAGCUAUAGCAACUCCAGUAAAAGAUGUGCAAGGAGACAGGAGAUGGAUGAGUAUGCAUGAACGUUUUCUUCGUGAAGGGAAAGACUCUGCAUGCCAAGUUCUGUUUGUGGGAGAUUCACUGAUUUUUCACAUGCAUGAUACACAGGAAUGGGAGGAGUAUUUUAAGCCUCUUCGUGUCCUUAAUUUUGGUAUUGGUGGGGAUCGUACUGAAAACACGCUUUGGAGACUGCAGAAUGGUGAGCUCUCUUCUAUUGAACCAAAGGUGGUUGUUUUGUUGGUGGGGACCAAUAACCAUGGUUGUACAGCUGAGCAAAUUGUGGAAGGGAUUGAAUGCAUUGUUUGGACCAUCCAUGAGCUAGUACCAGAUGCUAAAGUUCUUGUUCUGGGCCUCUUGCCAAGAGGUGAAAAGCCUAACCCUAUCCGUGAAAGGCACUUUGAAGUAAACCACGCCCUAAAAGAUAUCAUACCAGCUAUCCCAGGGGCGACCUUCCUUGAUGCUGACCCUGGUUUUGUGAGGUCAGAUGGUAUGAUUGACCACACCGACAUGGCAGACUAUCUCCACCUCACUAGAAAGGGUUAUAAACGCUUUAUGAAGAGAAUCCAUGAAGUAGUCCUAAAGCUACUAAAAUAUUGAAUUAUAUAGAUUGUUCAAUGCUGCAGUCUUAUUAGUACCAUUUUAGGGCCAUAGCCACAAAUUCUAUGGCUGAGGUCAAAUCCCUUUUCCUAAAGGCUACAGUGUUCAAAGAAUUGUCUCUUUUUUUCUUUCAUCUGUCCUCAAUAAUCCAAGGGAAAUGUCACAGUGUUCUUGUAUCAUGAGCAAAAAGUCCUACUAGUAUUUCAAACAACCAAAAUGCAGAAUUUAUUAUAAUCCACUAAGUGUGACUUAGUAUAUAGACUUAGACUAAUAGUUAUGACUGCAGCAACAGAAUGCUUUGUACCAAGAAAUACUAAAUUAUUAUUAUCAUUAUUAAUAGUUGUUACUGAAGUGGCAAUGCCAAUGGCCAGGUUGAAUUCAGCACCUUCCUUUGGGAGCUUUCAUAUUUUUAGGUCAAAGAUUGUAGAUUAUUCAAUUCUAGGAAUGUAUGACUCCCCUAAACCAAGAUGUACAAAAGAUGCUUCCAUUAUACCUUCUGAAGUUUUAUUUUAUCCAACUCUUGCAAAAUUCAUUUUGGAGUUGAAAUAGUUGUAAAAAAAAGUUUUAAAGUUGUAAUUAAUGAAUUGGAUUUUAAUUAUAUUCAUUUUUGAAGUUGAAAUUAAUGUAUUGGAUUAUUAUCCCACACUUGUUAAAAAUAAAUAGGCAAUUAGUUGUUAUAUAAUGUGCAUAAAUAUAGUACCCUGAAAUCAAAUAAUGUAUUAAUUUUUUCGUUUACAAUCUGUGAAUGACCUUGUUACAGACAAAUAGCCCCUCUUACCUGAAAAAUAAAAUAAAGACUCAAACACGACA